AUGUCGCGGGACUUGCAAUCCCGCCGGUUCUCCAACCGGUCGAAUCGCAGCUCACGGCUACCCGUCUACACUGACGACGACGACGACGCGGCGUUCGAAGCCUGGCUGCGGGAGCAAGAGCGGGAGGAGGCGGGAGGGGGUAGCGGAAGAGGCGGAAAGGCGGCUAAAACAGGGAAAUCAGAUGUCAAAUCAAGGAAAACAGAUGCAAAAACAAGCGAGAAAAGAGGUGGUGGUAAGGGGAAGGAGAGGCGAUCAGAGACGGUGAACGCAGAACCCUCCGCGUCUCCAAGCGCAGCAGGGGGGGAAAAGCUGGAUGGCGCAACGACGGCCACGGGGAAGGGUGGGAAGGCGGGGGGAAGCGGAAGUGCGGGGAAAGUCGAGGGGAAGACGGGGAGGGGUGGCGAAGAGGCGAUGGAGGGGGUGGAGGUGGGAGAUGAGCAGGGGGGGGAUGAAGAGGCAGCUAAGGUGGAUGCUGACGUGUCAGAGGAGGAGGCUGAGGGGGAUGCUGACGUGUCAGAGGAGAAGGCUGGGGGGGAUGCUGACGUGUCAGGAGAGGAAGCUGAGGUGGCUGCGGAGGACGAUGACGUGUGCGAGGUGUGCGGGGGCGAUGGAGAGUUGCUGAUGUGUGACGCGUGCCCCGCUGUGUACCAUCUGUACUGCCUGCACCCGCCUCUCUCCCACGUGCCUGAAGGCGCCUGGUUCUGCCCCAAAUGCGGCCAUGACUGGUCAGCACUGGAGCGGUUUUUGGGCGUGAGAGAGGUGGAGCAGGGGGGCGAGGGGGGCGGAGAGGGUGGUGAGGGAAGAGAGGUGGCGGUGGAUGGGGGGACCAGAGAGGGGGUUGGUGAUGGCAAGAGGAGUGGCGAUGGUGGUAGAGAUGGCGAUGACAGUGGAGGGCGGGGUGAGAGGAGGCGAGUGGAGGAGUAUUUGAUCAAGUGGAGGGACAAGUCGCACAUUCAUUGCACCUGGUAUACUCCUGUUCCUCUUGUUGAACCUCCCUCCGACCCCGUUUCUCUCCCUCACACACGCUCCUUAACUCUCAUUCGGACUACUCGGGUGGGAGCUACAGCAUUGGAGGCAGCAGCAAAGAGCUUUCCGGGGCUUAAAGCCCGGAUGAGGAACUACCUGCGGCAGAGGGCAGAGGCAGCAGCACAGAGCGCGCUGUACGGGGAUGGGGAGGAGGACCCGGAGGAGAGUGGGGCGGUGCCAGUGCUGCGACCUGACUGGCUGGUUGUGGAGCGAAUUGUCAACGCCAAGAAGAACCGCAAGGGGCAGCAGGAGUACUUAGUUAAGUGGCGAGAGUUGGGGUACGACGAGGCUACCUGGGAGACAGAGGAGGAUUUGCGGAGCAAAGGAAGAGAGCCGGCCAAUGGCAUGAAAGAAGAGCAAAAGGAGGGGUUGAAGGAUGGGGCGAAGGAUGGUGAUCAAGGGAAGAAAGGGUCAGGAGGAGAUGGAAAAGGGAAGAAGGGUGUGAGAAAGAAAGGAGAGGAGGAGAGUGGUGAGGCAGUUGUAGAAGGUUUCGAGGAGGCUCUUAAGGAGUAUGAGGAGAUGAUGGCGAGAGGACCUAAAGCAGUGGCGUGGGGACUGGUGGGCGGGGGAGAGGGAGCGGGUAAGGAGGCAGAGAGGGGAGUGCAGAAGAGGAAGCGAAUGGAGUUCAAGGAAACACCCGGCUUUCUGAAAGGUAUGCUGCACCCGUACCAGCUGGAGGGGCUGAACUGGCUGCGAUUCGCCUGGCAGCAGAAGCAGCACGUGAUUCUGGCGGACGAGAUGGGGCUGGGUGACUGGUCGUGUUCUUGCAUCCCUCGUCCCUCAAAAGCCGUCCAUCUGUCUCUCGCCUUCCACCCUCCGCAGGCAACACGGUGCCUCACUGCACGAGGAGAGGCCACCCCACCACUCCCUAGUGCCUCUCUCAUCUCAACACCUGCUGCUGCUGCCUUCCCACCGUCGUCCCUCAUGCCCACCCAUCCAUCGCAGGCACGACGGUGCACCGUCUCGUGCAACGGCAAGACAGUGCAGGCAAUCUCCUUCCUCGCAUCCCUGCACGAGGAGAGGGCCACAGCACUCCCUCACAUGGUGGUCGUGCCGCUCUCAACUCUGCGCAACUGGCAGCGCGAAUUUGAAACUUGGGCGCCCCACCUGCGCGUGGUGAGUGCACAUGCUCUCGUAGCCCCUGCUGCGCUAGGCCCCUCAAUGAUGUAUGUGGGAACAGGGGCAGCAAGAGCAUUGAUUCGAGAACACGAGUUCUUCUUCCCCUCCUCCUACACGCCUCCCCCUCCUCCUUCAACCAAGGAUACGCGCACGCAAGGGAAGCAGGUGAAGGGCGGGAAGAAGGGGAAAGGUGGCGAGAAAGGGAAGGGUGGAGAGAGCAAGAAGCGUGGACACAAAGGGAAAGGUGGGAAGGUCGGGAGGGAGGUAUCACGACAGGUGCAGCGGCCCAAGAGGAAACGAAAGAGUGGGAGGAUGGUGCUGUCUUCUGAGUCUGAGAAGUCUGAGGAGCCCUCUGGCGGGUCAGAUGGGGAUAGUGAGGAUGAGGUGGAAGAGGUUGGAGUGCUGGAGGAUAUGGAGGGAGGAGGCGAGGAGGAAAGGGAGGAGGAGGAAGAGGAGGAGGAGGAAGAGGAUGAGGAGGAAGCGGAAGAGGAGGAGGAAGAGCAGGCAGGGAAGAGUAGACGCAGGCAGAUGGGGACGAGGGCUUCCCACAGUGUUACGAGAGAGCAAGAUAGGGAGGCAAGGAGCAGGGGUGUGAUGAGAAGCGAUAGUACAGGGAGGGAUGUUAGGGGUCGGGAGAAGGGCAGGCUAAGAGAAGUGAAGGGAACGAAGGAUCGAGGGAAGAAGAGAGGAAGGGAGAUGAAGCAACAGCAGCAACAGAAGGGGCGGAAGCGGCGGAGGGGAGAGUCAGCAUCGUCAUCAGAUGAGUCUUCUGAUGAGGAUGAUGAGGAGUAUGUGGUGGUGGCAGAGGAGGGGAGUGGGGAGAAGGAGAGUGAGGAGGAGGCGAGUGAAGAGGAGGGUAGUGAGAAUGAGGAGGAGGAAGAGGAAGAGGAGGAAGAAGAGGACGAGGAGGAAAUGCCACUGAGCAAGCGGGCGAAGGUCAGGCGCAGUGGGAAAGGCACUCAUCGUGGAAAGCGCGAGCCACGCAGCGCAUCAGCAGGCAGAAGCAGGGGGGGCGGCAGCAUCAAGGGGGGCAGCAAACGCAUUCCCCCUGGUGGGCGCAUGCAGCAGCAACAGCAACUGUCCCGGCAGGAGCGGGUGAGGUUUGACGUGCUUCUGACGUCAUACGAGGUGGUGAACAGUGACUCGCAGCAGCUGAGGCAGGUGCGGUGGGGGUGCCUGGUGGUGGACGAAGGGCACCGCCUGAAGAACAAGGAGAGUAAGCUGUUUGGGACGCUGCAGAGCUAUUCGUCCCUGCACCGCCUGCUGCUCACCGGCACUCCCCUGCAGGUGACUAGCGAGUUGUGCUGUGCCCAUUUCUGGCAUGGGGUUGAAGAGAGGGUGGGGUGGUGGGUAGCGUUGGUGCGGUGGGGGUGCGUGGUGGUGGACGAGGGGCACCGGCUGAAGAACAAGGAGAGCAAGCUGUUUGGGACGCUGCAGAGCUACUCCUCCCUGCACCCCCUGCUGCUCACCGGCACUCCCCUGCAGAACAAUCUGGACGAACUUUUCAUCCUCAUGCACUUCCUCGAUGCCGAUAAGUUUGCGAGUCUGGAGGGGUUUCAGGGCGAGUUCCAGCAGCUGGGGCAGGAGGAGCAGGUGGCCAAGCUGCAUCACCUGCUGGCGCCACACCUGCUCAGGCGGCUGAAGAAGGACGUGUUGAAGCAGAUGCCGCCCAAGAAGGAGCAGAGCCAUGAAAAUGACACCCUCACCACCACCUUAUAUGUUGCUCUCCAUUUCUCUUUCCCCGUCCACUCUCCACCCGGUAUUCUCCCAGGGCUGAAGAAGGACGUGUUGAAGCAGAUGCCGCCCAAGAAGGAGCAGAUUCUGCGUGUGGACUUGGCGCCGCUGCAGCGCUCGCUGUACCGAGCUGUGCUCACCCGCAACUACCAGGCUCUCACCAAGGCGUCUGGGCAGCAGGUUCUCACCAAGGCGUCGGGGCAGCAGGUACGUUUUACGCAGGGAACGCUGUACUUCUGCUCCUUACUUAUAGCAGCACUGCACUGUGCUCACUCGCAUCACAACUACCAGGUGCUUACCAAGGCGUCCGGGCAGCAGCGUAUACGGCUGUUACCACCCUUUACUUACCUUCAUCUCCCCUCACGAGUCACAGGUAUGCCUGACCAACACAAUGAUGCAGCUGAGGAAGGUGUGCUGCCACCCGUGCCUGGUGAAGGGCGCAAAGAGUGUCACCUGUUCCUGCUGUGCCCGGUAUCGCUGACCAACACAAUGAUGCAGCUGAGGAAGGUGUGCUGCCACCCGUUCCUGGUGGAGGGCGUGGAGGGGGUGCUGUCUGCAUCGCCUCUUCUCAUCUCCCGUUGUUAUUACCUUGCCUUCACCCCCCCCCCAGGUCUCCCUCACAAACACAAUGAUGCAGCUGAGGAAGGUGUGCUGCCACCCGUUCCUGGUGGAGGGCGUGGAGGAGCAGCACGGAGGCGGAGAUACCCCAGCAGAAGCCAGCCGGUUAGUGACGGUGGGGUGGGGGGGGGGAAAUGGCCGCACAGAGAGACCACAGCUAAGGAAGAUGUGCUGGCACCCGUUCCAUGGAAGGGGCACGAGGAAGAAGUGGGAAAGGAGGGUUUUCACUCACCCUCUCCUGCUGGCACACUCUCACUCCAUGUACUUGUCUUCUUUCCCCGGCAUAUGGUAGCAGCAUCCUACUGGAUGUCGGUGCGACUUUUGAGGCGCAUGGUGGUGGCAUCAGACAAGCUGGCUCUGCUGGAGCGAAUGCUGGAGCAGCUCAAGGCCGGGGCACCUUGUGCUGGUGCACUCACCUUGCCCCUGUUCCCUCCCUGUCCCUUGUUCCUCUCCAUGCACUUCCCUCCCAGGCGCAUGGUGGUGGCAUCAGACAAGCUGGCUCUGCUGGAGCGAAUGCUGGAGCGGCUGAAAGCGGGGGGGCAUCGCGUGCUGGUGUACUCGCAGUUCAAACGCAUGCUGGACCUGCUGCAGGAGUGGCUCAUGGGCAAGGUGGGUGGCUCAUGGGCAAGCUGUGCUGGUGUCUCUGUGCUGGUGUACUCGCAGUUCAAGCGCAUGCUGGACCUGCUGCAGGAGUGGCUCCUGGGCAAGUUCAAGCGCAUGCUGGACCGACCUGCUGCAGGAGUGGCUCAUGGGCAAGGUGGGUGGCUCAUGGGCAAGGUGGGUGGCUCAUGGGCAAGGUGGGUGGCUCAUGGGCAAGGUGGGUGGCUCAUGGGCAAGGGCUGGGGGUGUGAGCGCAUAGACGGCAGCGUGAGCGGCACGGACCGGCAGCAGCGAAUCGACCGGUUCAAUGCUCCCGGGUCUAGCCGCUUUGUGUUCCUGCUCUCCACGCGCGCUGGUGGGCUGGGGAUCAACCUCGCCACUGCUGACACUGUGAUUAUAUACGACAGUGACUGGAAUCCGCAUGCAGAUCUGCAGGCCAUGGCUCGCGCGCACAGGCUGGGGCAGACCCAAACGGUGAUGAUAUACCGGCUGGUGACGCGGGCAACAGUGGAGGAGCGAAUGGUGCAGAUGAGCAAGAAGAAGAUGGUGCUGGAGCAUGUGGUGGUGGGGAAGCUCAAACAAUCCAACCUCAACCAGGAGGAGUUGGAUGACAUUUUGCGAUUCGGAGCAAAGGAGUUGUUUGAAGAGGAUGAUGAGGAGGAGGACGAGGGGAAAGGAGGGGAGGAAGGGGAAGAAGGGAAAGAGGCAAAGGAGGGAGAGGGGAAGAAAGAGGAGGAAGGUGGUGGGGAGGUGGCAGGAGACAAGGCUGGAGAAGGCAGUAAGGAUGCUGACAAGGACGCUGACAAGGAUGCUGACACGGAUGCUGACAAGGAUGCUGACAAGGAUGCUGAGAAAGGAGCAGCCGGGGACGAGAAACUGAAGGAGAAGAAAAAGCAGAAGGAGAGCCGGCGGAUCUACUACGAUGAUGCUGCUAUUGAGAGGCUGUUGGAUCGCAGCACAGUGGGCGAGGAGCGGGCGGAGGAUGAGCCGGACAACGACUACCUCAAGGCAUUCAAGGUUGCCAAUUUCAGCUUUGUAUCCGAAGCAGAUCAAGCUGAGGCGGACGCAGAGAAGGAGAGAGAGCUGGAGCGGGAAAGGCAAAGAGAACAGGAGUUGGCAGGGGAGGGGGAGAGAGACGGCAAACGCUUAGACGCUGCAGGAAGAGCCGCGUACUGGGAGUCACUGCUGAAAGACAAAUACGAGGCGGAACAAAUAGAGGCGUUUUUGGAGCUGGGGAAGGGAAGGCGGGCGAGACGACAUGUGGAUUACACGGUUGAUGGGGAGGAGGAGGGGGAGCAGGCGGGGGGUAAGAAGGGGGAGAGAGGGGGGAAGGGGGAGAAAGGGGGGGAAGGGGAGGGGGAUGAGGCAUAUGAUGAGGAUGGGGAGGAGGACGACGGGGAGGAUGGGGAGAGUGAUGUGGAGCUUGAGGAGGAGAGUAUGGGGAGGGGUAGGAAGAGGAAGGUUAGGUACGGGAAGCCGGUUCCCGCUACCUCUCCUGGUGUUGCUGUGGGAGGGGCGGGAGGAGGGGGGAGUGCAGGGGAAGUGAGGAGGAAAGUGUGGCCGUUGAUGGAGGGGGCAUGGCCGUACACCAAGGUGCUGGGAUUCACAUCCAAGCAGCGCAUGACCUUCCAACAGCUCAUCAUGCGGUUCGGGAUCGGUGAUUUCAGCUGGAAGGAGUUCGUGCCUCGACUCAAGCCGCGCACCCUGCAGGAGAUAAAAGAUACGAUCAUCGCUCUUCUAUCCUACGUGACCCACCUUUCAUUCAUUCUUGUAACCUCAUUCAUGCUUCCUGUGUCCCCUACUCUCGCUCCUCCUCCUUGUCAUGACCCGUCCCUUGACGGAGUUCCCAAGGAGGGCGUGAGUCCCAAGGAGGUGCUCAUCCGCCUGGCCCUUCUGCAUCUCAUUCCCCUCUCCUUCCCCUCUCACUUCCCCCAUCCCCAUCCCCAUCUCCUCUUCUCCUCCCUCCCCACCUCCUUCGUCCUCCCCCCGCCACCAGACGGAGUGCCCAAGGAGGGCGUGAAUCCGCAGGAGGUGCUCAUCCGCCUGGCCCUGCUGCACCUCAUUCGCACCAAGGUGGCCGCGGCUGAGAGCACCCGGGAGAGGCUGCGGGAGAGGGUCAGGGCGAGGAGGCUGGCCAAGGGUGGGAGUGCAGAGGGAAGGGGUGUGGAAGAGAGGGAUGCAGACGCGAGUGGUGUGGAGUGUAGGGUCGCAGAGGCAGCAGCGGGAGGCGCAGCAACAAAAGAGGCAGCAGCAGCAGCAGCAGCACCUUUUGGGAACGAAGAGGCUGUUAGGAAGGCGGGUGAGGAAGUGUGCGGAGGCACGGUGGGCGAAGGAAAAGGGGAUGUGCCUUCAGAAAUGGAGGGCGUGACUUUGGGUGGUGGGGAAGGGGAUGAGAAGGGAGAGGGGGGGCGUGGAGGGGUGGCGGGGGAAGGGAAGGGGGAUGGGCGUUCAGAGAUGGAGGGCGUGGAGGGAAAUGCGAAGGGGGCUGAGAAGCGGGAAGAGGGAAACGUUGAUCUGGGUAUGAAGGGAGAAGGAGGUAAGGGAGAGGGAGGGAAGGGAGAGGAAGGGAAGGGAGAGGGGGGGAAGGGAGAGGAAGGGAAGGGAGAGGGAGGGAAGGGAGAGGAAGUGAGGGGAGAGGGAGAGGGCGACAAGGGAGGGAGGAGAGAGGGCGAGGUGGAGGGUGGUAAGGAUGAGGGUGAAAAGAAGGAGGGAAGAAAGAAGGAGGGUGAGCAGGAGGACGGGUUGGAAAAAGAAGCAGAAGCGGUGGAGCUGGGUUGGGAGGAGUUGCUGCCGGGGCUACCAGAGCACCUGAAGAGUCACAGCCAGUUGGCGCCGCUGUUCCGCACGCGGCACUGGCGGGCCGAGCACGACCUGCAGCUGCUGAAAGGCAUCACCAAGCACGGCUACGGGCGGUGGAGUGACAUCAUCAACGACGAUAAAUUGGGCCUCGCUGACGUGGCACGCGCUGAGCUGUCGCUGCCGCCCGCCCCGCCCCGCAACAUGAUUGGCCUUUCCCUUGAGGACAUCCCGGCGAAUCCACCUACCCCAGUUGCCACCUCGGCUGCCCAGCCCACCAAUCCUGGUGAUGCACCUACCAGACCUAGUGCGGUGACCACCAAUCCUGUUGCUUCGACCACCGGUCCUGCUGAUGCACCCACCAAACCUGAUGCUGUGACAACCAACCCUGGGGGAGUGGUUGGUGGUGGGGAGGUUGCAAUGGGUGACGUGGCAGGUUCUAGGGCGGAGGGGAGAGCAGAGGGGAAGGCGGCAACAGUGCAAGAGGGUGCUGAGGGGGAUCGCAUGAUUGCGGGUUUGAAAGCUAAAACAAGUGCUGCUGCUGGUGCCAGUGGUGCUGAUGGUGGUGCUAGUGGUGUCGAUGAUGCUGAUAAGCGCGUGACGAUGGAGGAAGGAACAGAGGGAGUGAAGGAGGAAUUGAAGGAAGAAGUGAAGGAAGAAACGAAGGAGGGAGCAACCACGCAUGCUGCUGCUGCUCCAGCGGCUACCACAGCUGCUGCCCUUGCCAGUCGCCUGCAAGCUACCUCCUCCGUCAAGGCCCCUCAGAACCAGUCCGAAGCUGGAUUAGCAGCAGCUCAGAACCGCUCUGAAUCUACUUCCCAGGAGCCGCAAGAGGAGGCGGAGUGUGACCCGUAUGUAGCGCUCAUCCGCCGGCUCAACGCAGAAGCUGAGGCAGCUGCAGGGGAGAAUGCAUCCUCUGAUUCCAAUGCCGAAGCGGAGGCAGCUGUAGCAGAGGGGGAUAAUCCACCUUCCGAUUCCAAGGUCGAGGCUGUAGCGGUGGGAGCGGCUUGGGACAAUGCAUGUGCUGAUCCUGGGGAGGAGGUUGUAGCAGCCAGGGAGAGUGUGAGUGGCCCUGCGAAUAUUGCCGAUGAGGCUGUAUCGACGAAAGGAAGAGAGGUUGCAUCUGCCACGCGCUCACGUGACCCGGCUGUAGCAGCAGCAGGGAGUGAGACAGCGGAGGUGAGUGGCGCUACGGCUGAUGCUUCUGCUAAGCUCAAAACAAUACCUUCUGGAGCAGCAGAGCGUGAGAGGUCAGGCGCAUCUGGUGCAGCAGGGCCGUCUGGUGCAGCAGGGCCAUCUGGUGCAGCAGGGCCGUCUGGUGCAGCAGGGCCGUCUGGUGCAGCAUGGGCGUCUGGUGCAGCAAUAGAUUGUAGUGAAGAACCCAAGGCUGUUGCUAGCACUGCCGCUCCUGCUGCUCCUGCUGGUUCUGCCACUCCUCCUGCUCCUCCUGCAGGGUCUCUUUCUGCUGACGGUGGUUCUGUGAAGCAAAUCACGCAGGGCCACAAGGAGCCAACCACGCAGGGUCAAUCAGGCGGUGGUGUGGAUGGCGGAGGCAGCGCUGUGGGGAAGGAUCACGGGGAUGGUGUCAAACAAGCACGGGGACCCCGAGAGAAAGAAUCACCUCAAGAGGUGCAACAGACGAGGAUCCGAACCGUAAAGGGGCGAGGAGAGGGGGUUGAAGCAGAGCAACUGAAGGGAACAACGGAGUCCAGAGGAGGGGGGAAGACAAAGCAGAGGCAGGAGAGUGAGGAGCCCCCAGAAGGAGGUGAUGAGAUGGUGGUGGAAGUGUCACCAGAAAGAGAGCACUCUGUUGUUCAAGUUCCUGUAGCACCCCCGAAAAAGUCUCUCGCAUUGACCCAAGAGUUGGCUCGAGUGCCAGCAGAGAGAGGGGAGCCGGUUGUCAAAGAGCCUGUUGCGCCUCCAGAAAAGGCAAUGGGAUCUGGCCAGGAGGCCGCUGGAGUGCCAGCAGAGAAUGACAACACGGUUGCGGAGCCGUUGCAGUCACCUGAGAUACCGCCUGCAGUGCCUUCAGUGGCAGAGCAGGGCAGUGCGGGUGUGCAAGCGACUGGCGCCCCUCUCAUCCACGCUGGGGGGAAGCACGCGGCAGGCAGCAAAGCAAGUGGUGCUUCAGGGCCUGAUGAAAAUCACGCUGUUGUGGAACAGGGUGGUGGGAAGAAGAGUGUGGAUGGGAAGCGGGCUACAGAGGAGAAUGGUGAGCAGAGCUGCUCCGGUGAGAAGCACUCGGGUGGUGCAGGCAAAGAGGAGGCUCAUGUGGAGAGCCCACUUGAUGGAAGGUCCCAAAAGCAGGAGGAGCAGCAGCAGCAGCCGUUGGGGCAGCAGCAGCAGCAGCAGCAGCAGCAGCAGCAGCAGCAGCAGCUGGUGUUACAAGGGGAAGGUGUGCCGGAUGUGAAACAAGAGCAGCAACAGAUGAGUGGAGCUGAGCCGGCAGUGGUGGCUGUAGAUGAUGAUGAGGAAAUAAUUGACUUGUGUGAUGAUGAUGACGAGUGA